CAGUUGCCGUUAAGACUAUGGCGCCCCCGCCGUGGGGAUAGCCUCUCAGACAAUGAGGGGCUGCCAAAGUUGAGAAAAUGGGAAGUCCGAGGACUUAACUACUUAGUUCUUCAUAUAUCCCGUAAUCUCUUCUUCAAAAAACUAUAUUCCUGAGAAGAACUUGGUGACUUUUCAACGGCUGUGGUUGGAGCCAACUGAGGGUUUACUUUGGAUUUCCUCAUCUUUAUUAACUUGCAUAUUGGCGCUGAUCCCUGAUCAAUAAAAGGUUAAUUAAGAUGGACACCAAGGAACCGCGCACAUUGUUGGAUCUUGCUAUACAGUGUCUGCUGAGUAAUGAGCAUCUAGCAAUUCAAGCUCUGGAAGAAAUCCCAAGGGAGCUUUUUGUUCCUUUGUUCACUGCUGCCUUUACUGGUAAACACAAAAAUACACUGACAUCAAUGGUGAAAAUUUGGCCCUUUACCUGUCUCCACAUUGGGGCAUUAAGUGUGCAAGAAUCCCAGCGUGAACUCCUGAAAGCCAUGGUUGAGAGUCUUCAGUUCCUCCCUGCCCCAAACUCGGCUUCUAGGUGCCCUAAACUGAGGAUCCUAGAUUUAAGGCAGGAUGCUGGCUGCAAGACCACAUGUCCUGACAUCAUCAAUAAGUCAACAAUUUGCUUCCAUUCUUGUGCUUACUCUGAGCACUCUAUCUUUAAAAUGGAACUCCAGGAGAAUCCUUCAAGUCCAGAGUCUGAGGCCCAGCCCUCCAAGGUGCCUAUGGAAUUACUAGUGGACCUUUCCCUUGAUGGUACCUUGAGGGAAAGUGAUUUUUUUGCUUUUCUUCUGAAUAAAAUAAAACAGAGCCUAGGCUCUCUGCACCUAUGCUGCAGAGAUUUGCAAAUUAAUAAUUUAUGUGAAUGCAGAAAUUCAUUACGCCACCUGGACCUGAAAUGUGUGGAUCACCUGGCAGUUGAUCAGGCUUCUCUUAGUGAAGUCACUACCCUUUUGUCUCAUGUGAUACAACUGGACAGACUUAGUCUGUCUAAAAUCACUUGUAGAUCUUUGAAUGGGAGAACCUUUAGAAAUUUUAUCACCCAGCUGAGGCGUAUGGAUCACCUGAAGGAGCUCAACUUGUCUUCGUUCUGUCUCACAGAUCAUCUUGAAAGUGUCCUGAGAGUCCUACCUGCUAGUUUGGAUUUCUUGUAUCUGCCAUUCUGUGGACUUUCUUACAGCGACUUCAAGUUUCUGUCUGAGUGCCCUCAAGCCAACCAUUUAAAGCUGCUGAAUAUCAGCAACAACCCAAUGUAUUGGGAAGACUGCGAGCCGUUUUACCAUCUCCUGCAGAAUAUCUCUGGCACCUUACAGCACCUGGCAAUUAAUCAUUGCCUUUUAACAGAUUCUACGAUCUCUGUUCUUAUUCCAGCCCUAACUCGCUGUUCUUAUCUCCGAGUGUUUAGCUUUUCUUCGAAUCCAAUUACUAUGCCUAUGCUCAUGAGAAUUCUUGAGCUCUUAGCACCAUUGAUGGCACUUAAAUAUGUAAUUUAUCCAAUUCCUGUGCACUGCUAUGGGAGGUGGCAUUUUCAAGGCAGUUUAGAUCGGCAGAAGCUUAUGGAGGUGCAGACACAAUUGAAAUUAAUGCUACAGGAAGUAGAAAGGAGCGACAUGAAUUGGAUCACUUACUCUGAUUAAAUUACACAGUCCAACAAAGUUUCAACUUGAUAUGUCCCCUUUAAGUACUAUUUUUUCUUAAUCCCAUAGACAGAAUAUGUAAAGUAGUUAAGUUGUAGGAAAAUAUAGUUAAGAAGUAUAGGUAUGUAACUGAUUUCUACAGAGAAUAACUUACAAGAAGAGUGAGGACUUUGAGAGUACCUUGAGUCUCUUAACUAUUCUUCAUAGUAUUUCAUCUUACCAACUAAAAUUUUAGGUAGAGGGUAUGGAAAGAUUAUGUCACGAAUACCAACACCCUGUCCUCACUGAGAUUUACCUACAGACACGUAAUACCAGUUGUGACAAUCUAACCUUUCCUGGAUGUGUUUUUGGAGGCAGGUGGAUAUUUAAGCCAACUUAAUAAGUUGUAUUAAUGCCAUCUCUAUUUAAUGCCAUCUUCAGUUGUUCAUAGGAGACCAUCUGGAUUUAACAGUGAGGAAAAAUAUAUAACUGCUAUCAUUAAGUGGCUUAAUUUUUACUUCAUACUCAUUGGACAAGGAUUAGUUUCUGAUAUUAUUGUAGGCAGCAGAAUGAAAAGACAAGUUCCUGCCUGAAGCCAUUCAGAGGCUGGGCAUGUCUCUGUUUUAUCUGUUGUCAGUGAACCUAGAAAGUUGUUUUAUGUGCUUGGACCCCACGCUUCAUCUUCCUCAUUCUUGACACAUAUUCUCUUCAAUGCAAAGUGGACUUCGUGAUGUUGGAUCUCUUCCGCAGAAUUCAAGGACUCGAUGUUACCAUCUUGGAGGUAUUCUUACAUCUCUUUGAUGUCUCUCUUCUGUCAUCAUGCAAAAUGCCUGCAAUAAGAGACUGGUAAGGAAGAGAACUUUGCUUCCUUGUUUUAGACUUUCACUAAGGUUUUUUUGCUCUGGGACUUUGGCAAGACAGAACAUGAUAAAGAACUUUGGCAGAGGGAGAUCCUUUCAACUCAUAAGGCCAGGGAGCAGAGAGGAGAAACCGGAGUCCUAACACAGCCUUCAGGAGUUUGAUUACACUGAUUUGCAGCCUUCAACUAGUCUGCUAUAAAGUUUCUAUCAGCUACUCUGGAGCCGUUCUUGAACUAGUCUGCUCACAACUUACAACUACCUGCCUUGGAACCAUCAGCUUGAGACCAGUAUGAACUGGGAAGGACAUUUAGGAGCCAAGCCACAACACUUACCAUUCUUCCUUUAGAUAUUAUUUUUUCUUAGCCACUAGUACUUUCAUGGUAUACCUGAUUCAGUUUGAAUAUUCUGCUGAUUCUUUUCUGUUGAAGAUUCUACUAUUGCUAUAAUAUUGUGUAGCAAACUCAUGCAUGAAGUUGUUUAUAUGUAAAACUCCAAAUAUGAUUACCAUAAAAAGAAAAGUUUGUUGCUCGCACAAGAUAUAGUGUGAGGAAGCAUAUAAACCUAUUAAUUAGGAUGCAGUUUUGUUAAUGCAUUGAAAAGUUAAUACACUGCAUUGCAAAAACAUAGAAAAUGUGCAAAAAAAUUUAGUUUUUCUUGUCACAUCUUGAAAUGUCAACAGCACUGCUUUUUAAUGACAUACAAGAUACAAGUUUAAUGAAAAAUCAUUUAUGCAGUUUUUAUAAAUAAACCUAACUGCAUUUUUAAAAUCUAAUAAAAAAAUCAUAAGCAACAAUGUGUCUAAAUUGCUUCCAGUUUGAAAUUAUAAUAUACUGGAUUUCAGAGCAACUAAGUAAUACUAUGGUUGAAAGCUACAGAAUUUAGUUUACAGUUCUCACAUUUCAAGUUAAUACUGGACUAUAUUUUAGAGAUACAAAACACUAAAAUUAAUCUUGAAAAUUAACAUUUGUAUUGGUUACAUUUAUGUGUUAAAAGAUUAUCAGAUUCAAGAAGAAAUUUAAAAGCAACGUAGAAAAUUCUGGGAUAUAAUUGUUAGCAAAACAUUUGAAAGACUUAAAAACAAGAAUGAGAAUUAAUGGCAUUUGUGUCUUUCAUAUUACUUAUAUGUUAAAACACAGAAUUUAAAAGAUUCAUUAAAAUGUCAAUGUAACCAGAUGUUAUUGCUUCCUUGUUAACAUCACAUUAUUUUGUCAUCUUUUAUUAAAUAAAACAUCACAAAAUUUAA